UUUCUUUCUUUUCCCUUGGCCUUGCUUGCGGGGGAUCAUACAUUCGAGAGGCUUGAAAAAAAGUUUGCCAUGUACUACGUACGUACUCCGAAUCGAGAUUAGGAUGAUGAAUGACCGGUCCGACCUGUUAUUUCUUGUGUUGGCUGGCUCGUGGUGGGCUCGAGUCGAGAGCGUGGCGUAUCUUUGCUUGUUUCUCGUAUCAGUCACACUCACCCUCACACCUCUUUUUCAUGUUUUGUUGUUGCCAUUGUCAUGCAGCUAGCUUUUUUACUUGCUUUCAUUCACUUUCUUUCUUCUGAUUUCUCUUUCGGAUUCUCUGGUCGAGCUUGUGGGGUCGGACAGAUAGUCAGAC